AUGGUGCUUGCUGAUGCGGCCAACUUGAGUGUAAUUGAAGCACAUCAAAUCUGUUGCAACAAAUGUCAGUCAAUUACAGUACAAAGAUUCUUAGCUGUGGAGACGACUACAACUGCCACGGGCAUAGAUAGUGCUGCCACGGGCGUAGAUAGUGCUGCCACGGGCAUAGAUAGUGCUGCCACGGGCAUAGAUAGUGCUGCCACGGGCGUAGAUAGUGCUGCCACGGGCGUAGAUAGUGCUGCCACGGAAGUAGAUAGUGCUGCCACGGGAGUAGAUAGUGCUGCCACGGGAGUAGAUAGUGCUGCCUCGGGCGUAGAUAGUGCUGCCACGGGCGUAGAUAGUGCUGCCACGGGCGUAGAUAGUGCUGCCACGGGCGUAGAUAGUGCUGCCACGGGCGUAGAUAGUGCUGCCACGGGCGUAGAUAGUGCUGCCACGGGCGUAGAUAGUGCUGCCACGGGCGUAGAUAGUGCUGCCACGGGAGUAGAUAGUGCUGCCACGGGCGUAGAUAGUGCUGCCACGGAAGUAGAUAGUGCUGCCACGGGCGUAGAUAGUGCUGCCACGGGAGUAGAUAGUGCUGCCACGGGCGUAGAUAGUGCUGUCACGGGAGUAGAUAGUGCUGCCACGGGCGUAGAUAGUGCUGCCACGGGAGUAGAUAGUGCUGCCACGGGCGUAGAUAGUGCUGCCACGGGCGUAGAUAGUGCUGCCACGGGCGUAGAUAGUGCUGCCUCGGGCGUAGAUAGUGCUGCCACGGGCGUAGAUAGUGCUGCCACGGGCGUAGAUAGUGCUGCCACGGGCGUAGAUAGUGCUGCCACGGGCGUAGAUAGUGCUGCCACGGAAGUAGAUAGUGCUGCCACGGGCGUAGAUAGUGCUGCCACGGGAGUAGAUAGUGCUGCCACAGGCGUAGAUAGUGCUGCCACGGGCGUAGAUAGUGCUGCCACGAGCGUAGAUAGUGCUACCACGGGCGUAGAUAGUACUGCCACGGGCGUAGAUAGUGCUACCACGGGCGUAGAUAGUGCUGCCACGAGCGUAGAUAGUGCUGCCACGGGCGUAGAUAGUGCUGCCACGGGCGUAGAUAGUCCUGCCACGGGGGUAGAUAGUGCUGCCACAACUCAUCGUAGUUGUCACCAAACACAGCGUAAACUUCAUCUUGUUGGGACACCAACAAUUUCUGCGUUUUCCUUCAAUUAA